GCCAAAGAUACUCUUGCGAUCACUGUGAGAAAACUUUUGCAACAAAAAGCUCAAUGGUUCUGCAUACUCGCAUUCAUACUGGUGAACGUCCUUAUGAAUGCGAAGAAUGCCAUAAGACUUUUGCACAGCCCCAGAAUCUGUCUGCGCAUAUGAGGACUCAUUCGGGCGAGAAGCCCUAUGAAUGCAAUAUUUGUGCAAAAACUUUUGCAUCUAAGAGUUAUCUGAAUCACCAUAACAGAACUCAUACGGGGGAACGUCCUUAUGUUUGUGAUGUUUGCAGUAAAGCCUUUGCAAGGAUUGGAACUCUUUCUGACCAUAAAAUGUUGCACACGGGUAUGAAACUGUUUAAAUGUGAAUUUUGUCAAAGGGACUUUGCGCAGUCUAAAGGAAUGAUGAAACAUAAAAGAAAGUAUUGUAAAAUGAAACCACAAACAGAGUGAAAAUAAUUUAGUAUUAAGUAUAAUUUGUUAAUUAGUUUUAAAAUGGCUAAUAUAUUAUUUGCCCCAAUUACAUACCCUUUCGAGGAUGAAUGUAUAUAAUGAUGUUUAUAUAUAAGAAGAUAGUAUUUUAAUAAUACACAUUA